GGCUCCGAGAUGAACCCGUCGAUCGGACUGUUGACCGUGGCAGUGCUGGCGAUCGGUACCGCGAUCGCCGGCUUGAAUCCAGGGGGGGCCGAUUGCGGCGAGCAACGCUGCUCCACCGUCGAGUAUUGCAGCCCCUACGACAAACGUUGCAAACCGUGCUCCUCCAUCUGCGACGCCACGGGUCGCAACUAUCAGCAAAACGAGUGCAUCAAAGAUUGUCAAGAAUACCUGCACGACAAACGAUACGUUCUUCUCGAGCAGUACGAGGAUUUACGAGGGGAGAUGCAGCGAUUGUGGAUACUGGCGGCGAUAUCCAUCGCGGUAGCCUUUGUGUCUCUCGUAUCGAGCCUGUACCUGUACGCGCAAAAGUGUCCACGAUGGGAGAAGAUGCAAACCACCCUGAGACGAGCCAUCGCCGGCAAACGAGCAAAGGGAACGUCGAACGGCAACGGCGGCGACAACGACAACGACAACAACAACGAUCGCGGUAAAUCGACGCUUCGAGACGCGGAAUCGGGCACGUCCAGGCACAACGGAUUGAAGCUGACGAUGCCGACGAUAAGCGCGAGCGUGGCUCCUUCCCGAUACAUGGAAAACGAAAGCGGACGCGGUGGGAACGGUAGCGGAAGCGCGAGCGGAAGCGGCAGCGCCAAUGGAAGCGGAACCGGUAACGCCACGCCGAACACCACCACCACUUCGUUGUCGAGAAGGCAUCCCAGCGAGGACACCACUCUCGAUUACGCUUACGACAAUCCGGCUAUGACGCCCAGCCCGGAAACCGUUCAGCACAGAACGAAGCGCGAGAGCUCGUUUUAAAAAC